AUCUCCAUUGCCAUAUUUAUUCGCCUCAUCCAGGCAUCGCUGCCUCUGUCGCCACCUGCCCAAGGUCCAUCCCGCUGCUUUCUCGAUCGUAUCCCGUCUCUGCGAUCAUCUGCCUCCCAUCGCCAGCCCUGCAAUCCUCCGCAGUCUCAGCCUCAGCCUCAAACUCUCGCAAUCAGCCUUCCGUCUGCACUCCCCCAAUGUCGUAUCAGUCCCCGAAUCUGCCGUUCUCGGUGCUGCAGCCCUCACCCCAGCCGUCUACAAUCCGCUCGAAUCUCGAUCAGCACGAGGUCGCCAUCGGCCAUUGGGAUAUGUCGCCGGCUGUCGACCACGGCCGUCCCUCGAUGUGCUCUCCAACCCCGAACAUGACUCCUGGCACUCCUCCCGUCAUGUUCUCGGACGAACCUGAGAAUCUGCGGCUCUCAGAACAUCAGCAGCAGCAACAGAAGCCUGGCUGGGUUGGCACUCUGCUGCGCAAAAAGUCCAUCGCCAACAUCGACUCUGCCCUCCGCUCAAAGUUCACUGCGGUCAAGCAGCACUUUCACCGGUCAAAGUCCAUGGAUGCUUCAGCUGCUGGCGGCUUGCACGAGCAUCAUCUGUCUGAUGCCGAUGUCCCUCCUGUCCCCAAGCUCCCUUCCCACGCUAGUCCUCGUCCUCCUUCGGAAAAGUCGGUGCGCCGGUCGCCCAGUGCAAAAUCGCUCAAGACUCAGCCCUCGCCCGCCAUGUCCCUCGGCUCGAUCGGCCAUGACCAUCCCGUCCACUCGCCAAGCAUGCCUGCUGCCGCCGGCCUCGGAAGAACUGCCUCUGCCCCGCCGCCCGAGCUGGGUCUGCGGAGGUCCUUCUCGAUGAAGCGCACCCAGACCAUUGGUGCGCCGCACGAGGCCGCCAAUGUCGUAACAAAAAUCUUCCGGAGAAAGUCGCUUGCGCCCUCUGACCCCUUGCCCGGCAUGCCCUCUCCCGACGGACCCGAGUACCAAGCCUACCUCGAGAUGCUGGAGCAGAAGCGGAGGCAGGAAGAGGCCUUUGACUCUGUCCUCAAGAACCAGGACACGAUCCGCGUGACCCUGACUCCCCCCAUGCUCCUGCCCUCGACCGGAUGCGAGAUGUGAGCUGUAAGCCGCCGUUCCUGAACCUCAACCCUCGAGCCUCGGCCCCCGACUCUCCACUGUACGCCUGCCAC